AUGUUGAAAAUAAGGGAGGAGAUAUCUAGAAUAUCAGAAGAUCCAAUAUUAAAAAAAGAUAUGGAAAUUUUACCAUCAAAUUAUAAUUUUGAAAUAGCAAAAAGUAUUUGGAAAAUUAAAGAUAUGAAAUCAAAAUGUGUAGGACUUCAAUUUCCUGAAGGUCUUUUAAUGUAUGCUUGUGUUAUUUCUGAUAUUCUUGUUAAACAUACAUCUUGUGAAAUAAUAAUUCUUGGAGAUGUAACAUAUGGAGCUUGUUGUGUUGAUGAUUAUACAGCUCGAGCUCUGGGAUGUGAUUUACUUAUUCAUUAUGGACAUAGUUGCCUUGUUCCUAUUCAAGAUACUAGUGGUAUUCAAUUAUUGUAUGUAUUUGUUAGUAUAGACAUAAAUCUUACUCAUUUUUUGGAGAUACUUAAAGCAAACUUUGAUAAAAGUCAAAGAAUGGCUUUAGUUAGUACUGUACAAUUUAUCGCCUCUCUUCAUGCUGUAAAGAAAGAGUUGAUUGAUGCUGGGUAUUCUAUUUUAGUACCACAAUGUUCUCCAUUAAGUCCUGGUGAAAUACUUGGUUGUACUAGUCCAAUUAUUGAAAAUGCCGAUAUUUUAAUAUAUCUUGGUGAUGGAAGAUUUCAUCUUGAAUCAGCUAUGAUGCAUAAUCCUACUCUACCAGCUUAUCAAUAUAAUCCUUACAGUAGAAUUUUAAGUAAAGAAGAAUUUGAGUUUGAUAAAAUGAUAAAUAAUAGAAGUAAAGCUAUUACAAUUGCUGAAAGUGUUGAGAUGUUUGGAUUAAUACAAGGAACAUAUGGUAGACAAGGAAAUUUAAAAAUUUUUGAAGAUUUAGAAGAAAAAUUAAAAGAAAAAAACAAAAAAUAUAUGAGGAUUCUUAUAUCUGAAAUUUUUGUUCAUAAACUAGAAUUAUUUAAAAAUAUAAAAUGUUUUGCUCAAGUUGCAUGCCCAAGAUUAAGUAUAGAUUGGGGUGAAUCUUUUAAAGUACCAUUAUUAACACCAUAUGAAUUAUGUAGUGCUUUAAAAUAUGUUGAUUUUAAAAGAGAUCGUUAUCCACAAGAUUUUUACUCAUUUGAUUCUCUUGGACCAUGGACUAAUAAUCAUGAAAAACAUAGGCCAAGAAAAGUUAAGAGAACAGCAAUAAAAAUUGUUGCAGAAGAGUAA